UCAAUAAGUGCGCGGGUGAGGCACAGGUAAAACUACAUCUCCCAGAAUUCCCCUCGAGUGGAGUGAGUCAGUUCCGGCACGGCUCGCGGAGUCAGGAAGUGUGGAGCCCUGUGGAAAGACACAAUUCUUUACCAUGCAGCUCAAAACACUGACAGUGCCUACCUGAAAGUUGCCUUGGUCCGGGACACGCCCCCAGGAUGGCUCUGAUUGAAGGCGUGGGGGACGAGGUGACGGUUCUCUUCAGCGUGGUCUUUCUGGUGCUGGUCCUGGUGCUAGCCUGGGCCUCCACCCACACGAUCGACCGUACCGAGCAGCUUUUUGCCUCUGACCCGGACACCACCUCCACUCCUGACCGCCUGCACAGGUUCACCCCUGUCCAAGAGAGCACAAGCCCCGAUCCAAAUCCCUUGGAGAGCACCCCGGUAUCGGGAGACUCGGGGGAGGAGAAUAAAGAGGAUUCCCUCAGCGAGGCCGGUGAGGAGGAGCACAACGCGGCAUGGAGGGGUGGCAGGGAUCAGAGCUUGCCAGAGUUUGGUGGAGACGGCCUACGUCACAGAGAGACUGGUCAUGGAGCCCCCGCCAGCCCCUCUGAGCAAUCUCCUGACAGUGAGAGACAUGCUGGCCAGCUGCCACUUGGUGAGACCCCCAGCGACCCCCAUAGGAGCAUGAUGCUGCGCCUCAAGUUCCUGAACGACACAGAGAGAGUGGCACAGGUGAAGCCCGAGGACACAAUUGGCUAUAUCAAAAGGAUGUACUUUGCAGGCCAGGAGCACCAGGUGCGUCUGAUCUACCAGGGCCAGCUCCUACGCGAUGACACGCAGACGCUGGCCUCACUCAACCUGACCGACAACUGCGUGCUGCACUGCCACAUCUCCCAGCACGCCACGCCACAGGCGCCGGCCGGGGCACGGGCCGCUGACCAGGUCAACGUGGCGCUCAACGUUGGCAGCCUCAUGGUGCCCCUCUUUGUGCUCAUGCUGUCAGUGCUCUGGUACUUCCAGAUCCAGUACAGGCAGUUUUUCACUGCGCCAGCAACCGCCUCGCUGGUGGGCAUCACCAUAUUCUUCAGCUUCGUGGCAUUUGGGGUGUACCGCCGAUGAAACCCACCUCCCCUCCAGGAACAUGCCAGGCUUCUCCCCCGGCCCUGAAACUUCACUCUUUUGUCCUUACCGCAGUUUCUCUGCUCAGCAUCGGUUUCUGUUGCAUUGUGGAAAGGGCCAGCCUUAGGAAUCACAGUGAAUUAUGGUGAAAUCAGGGGUGAUGUCCUUUUUUGGUUAUCAGUUUUUUUUUAUUAUUAAUUAUUCACAAUGCAUUUUCACUUAAACAUCCAUCUUAGGAAAAUAUUACAUGUAUGGAUAAAUGCUAUAAUAUUUUUAAAGUUUAUUUUCUAAUGUAUAGAUAUAAUGCACAUGUGUAUGUAUUUUGAGAGAUACAGUUUGACUGUUUGUGCCUAUACAGUUUUUUUUUUUUUUUUUUUUUUCUCCCCUCCCCCCAGUUUUUGGUAUGUGACAACCCUGUCAGGAAGGAGGCAAAUUCUGGGUGUUUAUUGGAACUCAUAGGAACUUUUUUCCCCCUUUAACCCCCUGCUUCCAGACAGGGCUAUGCGUUUGCUGUCGCUUCAGAUUGAAGAAGGCAUUACUGCUGUUUCGUGUAGAAAAAAAGCUUUGGAAACAAAUCUAUUAAAUCAUUCUUUUAUUUA